CAUUUAAGUGUGAAAACUAGUAUGAAAAGAUUCUUAAAAUUACACAAAAAUUAAUAAAUUAAACGGAACUAAAAAAAGUCUGAAGCAAAAAUAGCUGAAUAAAUAUGUGUUCAAAAUUCCCACCCUUCUUAGUAGGGGUGUACCUACUUCUAAUAUUAGGUUCCGCUUUCAGUGGUUGUCUGGCCAUAGAUACAACUGCUGCGCAUGUCACAAAUCCAACUUGUAAUCUUCGAGAAAAUUGUAAUCUCAACGAUGAUUUACUAAGUGUUGGUGGUGAUCAGAAGGAACUAACUGCCGAAAAGCUAGAAAAUAAAAUUGCAUCUAUAUUUGAAGAUAAAGUCAACUAUAGUAUGAAAUUAUUUGCUGAAGAUUCAGUCAUUGAGUACAAUACUUUGGAACGGAAUUUGAGUAGUGUUAGUGCUCAAAUACAAACUAAUUUUACACUAGGAAAACUGGAAGAAGAAGAUGCUGAUGUAGAAGAGAAUGAAAGAGAAUUUUUAUAUCAAAUCGGACAAAAAUUUCUUGCCAUAUCGCAGCCAUUUGAUGCAUCUAUAAAUCCGGAGGCCUCGUCUACAUGUCGCGAACACACGCGACGCUAUUUGGAGGCCUUACAAAAUGUUGAUCUGUGGGCUUUAAAAAUGCACGAUUCUACUGGCAAACUUACUUCGGGCGUACUUAAUGGCAACAUAAAUCAAAUCGGAGACUUUGAUCAGUGCCUCGGCGUUAACUACCAGACAGGCAGUUCUGUUGCAGCUGAUGACAGUGGGGAGAUAAAAGGGCAGUACUGCUUGGCAUACGCACAACCUGUGUUGACAUAUAAGUCCAAACGUUUAAAGAAUAUUUUUAAAUUAAUCCAAUCGCAUGGUCCUUUCCGAAGUGAAUUUAACGACCCUGGACAUCGUGUACCACGUUACUCAUUAGUAAAUUGGGGCAUUUGUGUACCGUCCUCAUGUACCUACAAAGACGUAGAAUACAGUGUUAAGGAAUAUCUAAAUAACAUGACCGAAUCUACCGGCAUAUCGUUUCAAGUGCGCGUAGAACCCAAAAUGUGUCAAUCAAACCACAAUAAACCUUGGGAUCGUAACACUACCGUAGCUGUGCGUUUCUUCCUUAUCAUACUGUCUAUAGCUGCAUUGUCAACAAUUUACGAACGCUGCACAAAAAAUCAAAAACAGAAUGAAUGGUUUACUGCAUUUUCAUUGGACAAGAAUUUACGUUGGCUAUUUAAAACAAGCUCAUCUCCCGAUGACAUACAAGCUGUACAUGGCAUACGUUUCCUUAAUGCGGCUAUGUUAUUAUUCUCACACAAAUCAAUGGCCAUGUUCUUCAAUCCUUACAACAAUCGUACUGACAUGUCUGAGAGUUUGGGCCGACCAUGGACGGUCAUUGGUCGCGCUGCAUCCCUUUACACCGAUCCAUUUUUAUUAUUUAGUGGCAUGUUAACUGCUUACUCAUUAUUCGGUCGUUUAAACAAAGGACAACCAAUACGCCUAAAAAAUGAAUAUAUCAGCCGAUUAAUGCGAAUCGUGCCACCACUCGCUGCCUUAAUACUUUUCUGUACUUACGUUUUGCCAAUGUGGGGUUCAGGACCUCAGUGGAAUCUGGUUGUUGGACAUCAUGCAGAUAUAUGCAAGAAAAACUGGUGGCGCAACUUGCUUUUUAUACAUAACUAUUUUGGUUUCAGUGAAAUGUGCUUAACACACACACAUCAUCUCGGUAUCGAUACAGAAUUAUUUGCGGUUGCACCACUUAUGAUACUUGGUUUAUGGAAAUGGCCUCGAAAGGGUCUAAUUACUUUAAUAUUAUUGGGUGCUAUUGGUACUGGUGCACGUUAUUACACAACCAUUGUAAAUCAAUUGUCUAACUACAUAUACUUUGGCACCAACAUACAACGUCUCUUCCGUACUGCUGACUAUAUGUAUUCUUUCCCACCACAUCGUUCAACAGUCUAUAUUAUGGGCAUUUUAUUGGGUUAUGCCUUACGUAAAUUCAAAAAUGUCACACUUACAAAAACGCAGCUACGUGUCGGUUGGAUUGUAGCCACUUUAUGUGUGUUAGCAUCAGUGUUGGGUCCAGCACCUAUGGGUCAUAUUGACUAUACAUACAAUUCCACACAUGCAGCAAUUUAUGCCGCCUUUGCGCCCAUAGCCUGGUGUAUAUUCUUCUCUUGGAUUGUAUUUGUGUCGCACAAUGGUUAUACAAAUAAACUCACAAAUAUGUUGUCCUGGAGUGGUUUCCAGGUAUCUACUAAGCUUUCAUAUGCCAUCUACCUUACACAAUUUCCAGUAUUCUUCUUUAAUGUGGGCAGACGCCGUCAUAUACAUCACUACUACAAUUUUGUUUCAAUAAUUCUUGACACAAAUGAGUUUAUUUCCAUAUUCCUGGCGUCUGUGGCGUUGACUAUCUUAUUUGAUGCGCCCUUCCAAAACAUAAAAAAACUGCUACUGAAGCGUUCCCCAACAACCAAAGCACAAGUCAGACCCGCAACCUCAACUGAAACAAGUCAAAACUGUGAUUUGAACUCAAACAAUGCACAAGUACUAACGACGUCGACUGCAGCGCAAGCGUCUACGCUGAAUUCAACGCCGACAUCGGCAUCAGCGCUAGCGUCAAAGCACGAGCACGCUGAUUAGUUGGUAGUUGAUUUCUUAGGUUAAAUACUCUUGUAAAAUAAUUUAAAUUUUAUUCUUAAGUUAGCCCUUAGUUUAUAAAGAAAUUAGUGCAAGUUAGUCUGUAAGAGUCUGCCUCCUCCUCUACCCUCCAUUGUAUACCACAACUAGGCUAGUAUAUAUUUUGCAAAAUAUCUUUCGAAAUGGAUUUAAUCUUCUUUGACACUUCAUGCUUUUGUAUAUUUUUUUAUAUUUUCCUAUUUAUGUUAAGUAAUUAAAGAG